AUGACGAGCCUACACAUCAAGGACGAGCCAAUGCCCACUCCCAUCGCUUCCGGCUCCGGUUCUGGCUCCGGCUCCAGCAUCGGCGUCGCGACAAAUGGACACGCAAAGCGUCCAGCAAAGCCUAGUCUUCCGGCAAACUCCGAUGACAGCUCCGACGACGAUGACGACGACAAGCCACUUGCAAAACGUCCAAAGGUAGAGGAAGAGAGCGACCUAUCCAGCGACUCGGAUUCCGACGUCCCGCUCACCUCCACCGUCUCAUCCCAAAACGGCGUCAAGAAGCAAGAGGAUGACGACGACGACGACGACGACGACGACGACUCGGAUGACGACUCGGACGCCCCACUCACAGCCACCGUCAAGAAGAGGAGCGACUCCGGCAGCGCAGGCGACGAUGACGACGAAGAGGAGGAGGAGGACGAUGACGGCGGCGAUGACGACAACGAUGAUGAUGACGACGACGACGACGACGACAAGCCGCUCAGCCGCACGGCAAAGUCAAAUCGCAAACCGCCAAAGACCAUGUCCAUCACCGGCUCCGGCGAGAAAAAGUGGGACGUGUUAGUACACAAGGGCCCGCGCUUCCCCGACCCCUACCAGCCGCUCCCCAAGGGCGUCAAGCUCAAGUACGACGGCAAGCCCGUAGACUUGCCCCCAGAGACAGAGGAGGUCGCCAUGUUCUACGCCGUCAAGAUCGAGACCCAGCACGCCCAAAACCCAAUCUUCAACCGCAACUUCUUCGACGACUUCACCGCCGAUCUCAAAAAGUUUCCGCCAAGAGACGGCACCCAGAUCAAGUCGUUCGACAAGCUCGACUUCCGCGACAUGUACAACUACUGGAGGAGCCUCAAGGACGCAGAGAACGAACGCAAAAAGGCGCUCGCCCCCUCGGCACGCAAGCGCGAGAUCGAGGCGCGCAAAGUCGAGGAGAACACCUGGAAGAUCUGCCUCGUAGACGGCGUCGAACAGCGCGUCGGCAACGUCAACGUCGAACCACCCGGCCUCUUCCUCGGCCGCGGCGCCCACCCCAAGGCCGGCAAGGUCAAGCGCCGCAUCUACCCAGGCGACAUCACCAUCAACCACAGCGCCAAGCAUCCCGCCCCCUCGCCACCGCCCGGCCUCGGCGACUGGGCCGAAGUGGUGGAGAAGAAGGACGUCACCUGGCUCGCCUACUGGAAGGAAAACAUCAACGGUCAGUACAAGUACGUCUUCCUCGACGCCACCUCCAACUUCAAGACCAACUCGGACCGCGAAAAGUUCGAAAAGGCGCGCAAGCUCGACACGGUCGUCAAGCAGAUCCGUCGCGACGUCAACAAGAACCUCAAGUCCAAGGUGCGCAACGAGCGCCAGAUCGCCACCAUCGUCUGGCUCAUCGACAACUUCUCCCUACGUGCCGGCAACGAAAAGGGCGAAGAUGAGGCGGAAACCUACGGCGUCUGCUCCCUCCGCUGCGAGCACGCCCAGGUCAAGAUGCCCGACACCAUCCACCUCGAAUUCCUCGGCAAGGACUCGAUGAAGUUCGAAGAGGAUCUCAAGAUCACCAAUCCGGACGUCUUCAAGAACAUCACCAUGUUCCUCAAGACCAACGGCAUGAAGGACAAGUCGGGCAACUAUGUGCGCAAGAAACCCAACGACCCCAUCUUCUGCGCGCCCGGCGACUCGGCCGCCGGCAAGAUGCAGCCGCUGCAGCCCAACGCCGUCAACACCUUCCUCUCCAAGUACAUGAAGGGCCUCAGCGCCAAGGUCUUCCGUACCUACAACGCCUCGGUCACCUUCCAGGGCCUGCUCGAGCAGACCGAAGAGUGGCUCAAGUCGCGUCCCAACAAGGCCGAACGCGAGAUCAACCAGACCAACCUGCGCCUGGCGUACAACGAGGCCAACCGACAGGUGGCGAUCCUGUGCAACCAUCAAAAGACGGUGAAUCCGAUGCUGCUCAACCGCAACCUCGAACGCACGCAGGAAAAGAUCUUCCAGAUCCGGUACGAGAUCAUGAAGGAGCAGCAAAAGAUCCUCACGUUCCACAAGAUCGGCGAGCUCAAGAAGGAGUUCAAGGCCAAGGAGUUUCCGUUUAUGAAGCAGUUUGACCUGAUCAUGCAGAAGCAGGAGCUCGAUGCGGACAAGGUCAAGGAGUACGAGGAGCGCCUGAUCAGCGACAAGAAGGCGAAGCUCGAGUCGACGUUCAAGCGUCAGCAGUCCGAGGUGCAGUACCAGCUCGAGCAGAAGGGUGUCGCGAGCGAGGACGGCACCAAGAAGAAGGGCAAGAAGGCCAAGGACGUCGAGGAGGAGGUGCGGUCGUCGAUCAAGGGGUUCAAGGACAAGAAGCAGGUGGACGACGAGCUGAAGGCGCUCAGCGAGACGGCCAAGCGGCUGGAGAAGGAGCGCAAGACCAACAAGUCGCAGGCGGCCAGCUGCAACUUUGCGAGCUCGGCCAAAAAGAUCCUGGGCAAGCACGACAUGAUCCGCAAACAGGAGGCGGAGCUGGUCAACAAGAACAACACCUCGGACGUGGCGCUGAGCACGUCCAAGCUCAACUACAUUGACCCGCGUAUUACGCUCGCCUGGCUCAAGCAGUGGGACGACCGGCUCGUCGACAUGGGCCUGGGCAAGAAUGCAGCAGGCAAGAAGAAGGCGGUCAAGAAGGAGGAGGAGGAAGAGGAGGAGGACGUCAAGCCGGCCAAGAAGGGUGGCAAGAAGGGAGGUGCUGCCGCUGCUGCGGGCAAGAAGGCCAAGACGGGCACGGCCAACUCGACGGGCGACAGCGAAAAGAUGGAGCUGGGGCUGCAGGUGAUGAACAUCAGCCAGUUCUUUGCGGCUUCGCUGCAGAAGAAGUUCAAGUGGGCGGCGUCGGGCGACGACGGGCGCGACAUUUCGGCGCGGUGGGUGUUUGUCAAGGACGCGCAGGGCAAGAUGCGCAAGCUGGAUUCGGCGGAGCGCAAGGGCCAGGACGGCGGCUCGAUGGUCGCCAUGACCGAUGCGGCCGAGACGAGCGAGGUGAAGCAGCGCGCGGCCAACGGCACGCUCAAGCCGCAGACGGCGGCGGACAAGAAGCGGAGCCAGCCGCUCAAGGCGGUGGACAAGGCCGAGGAGAAGGAGAGCGACAGCAGCAUGAGCAGCGACAGCGACAGCGACGACGACAAGCCGCUCGCCGCCGCAUCGUGA